AUGUUCUUCUUUUUUAAAUUAUCACCAAAUUUAAUCUUUGAUGGAAGUGAAUAUAAAGAACAAGAAGAAACAGGAGAUAAAUUAAUAAUAAAACAGUUUAAUAAUAAAUCCAAUACUAAAUUAUGUAAAAGAAAAGAUGGAACAUGGUUUAUUAAAAACGGUAAUGUAAAUUUAGAACUUAAGAACACAAAUACUUCUAAACUGAGAGUAAUAAAUCAAAGUAAAUCAAACAGUAAAGUAUACAUCGAAGGAGAAGUAAAUAAGAAAUGGUUUAUUCAAAAGAUCUAA